AUGCGCGGCCUGGCGCAAGCUCUCCUGCUCGCGCCGGCCCUGGUCGGAGCCGCCCCUUCGCGGAUCGACGAGAAGGUCAAGGAUGCUUCGCCCUCGACCUUUGUCACCUUCGACAUUCCCCCGGGCUUCAACGAGGACCAUUCCACCCCUUACACCCUUCACCUGGAGGUCCUCGAAGCCCCCUCCCCGUGCGCCUACCCCAACAUCAAGGUAAACGACAACCCCCUCUCCCAGGGCGGCCACACCCUCGGCCGCGGCACCUUCGCCGGCGACCACGACGGCUCCACCUUCAUCGCCUCCUGGACCGCCACCUGCGCCGGCGACGAGCAGCUGCUCCGCUUCAACCUCGAGUCCCUCGCCGGCCGCUCCCUCGCCUCCGACGUCGCCUUCGUCGCCCGCUUCCGCCAGACCUCCCCGGCCUCCAUCAUCGAGGUCGCCGGCCCCGUCCGCGUCUCUACCGACCGCCCUCAGCCUCCGUCCCUCUCCCUCCCCGAGUGGGACGGCCACAGGCCCCGCCCCGGCGACGACGAGGACGGCCUCCUCGAGGACCCCCCCUUCCCCCCGCCCCCUCAUCACCACGUCGGCAACCACAACGAGGCCGACUUCCACCACCCGCCCAAGCACGACGGCGAGGACCGCCCUCACCCGCCGCACGGUCAUGACGGCGAGAAGGAGCACCACCCUCACCACUCCCCCGAGGUCGAGGCCGAGAUCCACGAGCUCGACUGCCUGCGCCACCAGCUCCACGCCCUGAAGCACCUCAUCCACGAGAAGGAGGCCCGCCUCGCCCACGAGCACGGCGUCCGCCUCCACCGCCACGCCCUGCGCGAGUGCGACUCCCUCAAGUGCGUCCUCGACACCCUCAUGCACCGCGUCGGCGGCGGUUUCCGCGGCGGCUUCCACGGCUUCGGCGGCGGCCGUCGUCACCGCGGCCCCGGCCACCACCACGGCGGCCCGCCCCCGAUGUGCGGCGCCUUCCCCUUCCCCGGCGGCAACCACACCCACGGAAACCACACCGCUCCCCCGCCGCCGCCGCCCCCGGGCUUCUGCCCCUGUGGUCCCCCGCCCCCUGAGGGCGAGUGGCCUCACCACGGCCCUCCCCCUCCCUUCGACGAGCCUCCCCACCACGGCCCUCCCCACGGCGACUUUGACGAGCCCCCUCGCGGUCCUCCUCACGGCCAUGGCCCCCCGCCGCCGCCUCCUCCUCCUCCCUUCGGCGAGCCCCCUCACCACGGUCACCACGGAGGCGCUCCCGGCCCGCCUCCCCCUCCCCCGCCUCCUCCUCACUUUGAAGGCCACCACGGAGGUCCCCCGGGCCCGCCGCCUCCUCCUCCUUUCGACGGCCACCACGGCGGCCCUCCCCCUCCCCCGGGCCCUCCUCCCCCUGGACCUCCCCCUCCCGGCCCCCCGCCGCCAGAUGACCAAGAACACCCCCUCGGCCCUCACGACCACCACCGCCGCCCGCACCACCACGGCGGUCCCCCUCCCCCGCCCCACGGCUUCGUCCCCUUCCCCGCCAAAAUCGCGGCCAUCCUGAUCCUCCUCGUCGGCAUCGCCCUCCUCCUCCGCGCCCGCCUCGCCUCCACCUCCUCCCGCAAGCAAGCCGACCGCCGCGCCCGCCGCCAACGCCGCCGCGACGCCCGCGAGGCCCGCAAGGCCGCCUUCACCGCCUCCCUCCCGGCCCUCUGGUCCCGCGUCUUCGCCGCUUCGUCUGCUGCCGCCGCCGAGGACGAGGAGAAGCAGGCCUUCCUGUCCGGCAGCUCCCGCUACCGCUCCGCCAGCAACGCGUCCUCACACUUCUCCGACGGGGGCAACAACGCCAUGUCGCAGGAGAUCGUCGAGUUCCGCAACGCAGCCUCCCUCGUCUCGGAAAUGGUCGCCGCCGAAGAAGCCCGCUCCCGCCUCGCUGCCCAACAACAGCAGCAGCAGCAGCAGCAGCAGCAGGACCACUUCGCCUACCAGGCCCAACAGCGCCAGCUGCACCACCUCCAACCCCACCACCACCAGCAACAGCAACACAUGAACAACACCCCUCCCUCGCCCACCGCCGCCUUCGCAGACUACAUGGUCGACGACGCCCUGCCCACCUACGACGAGGCCGCCCCCGCGGUCGUCGUCUCCGACGGCUUCAGCAGCUACACCCCGGGCUCCAGCGACUACACCCCCAGCGUCUCCGACGGCCCCGCGCCCGAGGGCAUCGACGACGUGCUCGGCGAGGCUCCCCCGUCCAAGAACUGA